GGGAGACCUCACUGGAGCUUUGGGUGCUGGACCUGCUCAAGUUGGGUGGGCCCUGGGCAGCCUGAGGGGGAGGGGGGCAGCGAGCAGGGCAGGUGUCGGGUGGGUGGGCUGUGAGGUCCCUUCCAACCCAACCGCUCUGUGAUUCUGGUUUUUUGCCACCCCAACUUUAAGCUCGUGUCCGCGCCUGUCGAGGGAGCUGUUAUUACUGCGGUCAGUACUGAACUAAACGAAUCCUGUAACCAAACACGUCUGUUACCAUGGAUCCGGACAGUCCCGGGGAUGGCUUCUGACAGCCACCACACAGGUUGUACACAGAAAGCACGGCCUGAAGCGCCGUCAUUAGCGUGCUGAGGAGACCCGCUGCAAGCAGCGCGGGAAGCCGCAGCCCCGAGGCCCGGCGGCGGGUUGGGCACAGCGGCUGUUAAGGGAAGGCUCCGGGGCUGAGCGCGGAGGUGCGGUGCGGUGACUCAGACCCGCCAGGGCUCCCGGGCAGGCUUUUCCGAGCUUCGUGACGAUCCCUUUAGAACCGCUUAUUAACGCGCGAGCCCCGCGGGGCCGUUCAGCGCGUGCGGCGCCCGCUAGCGGCGCGUCCCCGUCCCCAUCCCUGUCCCCCGGGCACGGCACGACCAGCCCCGCUGCCCCGGGGCGCGGAGAGGGGCACGGCUCGUCCGAGGGCGGCGGGCGGUGCCGUCUCCCCUCACGUGACCGCCAGGCAGACGGAGGCAGGCAGACGGAGGCAAGAUGGCCGCCGCGGCCGGGGGGAGAUGAGAGGCGCUCGGAGCCCUGCCGCCCUGUCACAGCUCGCUGGGUCGGGGUGUCCCCGCACGGCCGCGCCUCGCCGGCUUCGGGUAGCGGCUAUUUAAAGUAACUUUGUGAUUGAGAAACGUGCGUCUGGUCAAAACACGCUGCGGCCGCACCCGCUGACAGGCGGCAGCCCCGCUGCGGGCGGUCCGUGCCGCCGCCUCCCUCAGCUCCCGGCCGGGCGCUGCCGAGGAGAGCGUGUCGGGCAUGGCAGCCCUGAAGGGUGGUUUGGAAGACCGAGCGUGUUCUGUUUUACAGGAGAAGUUGAUAUAAACUUUGUCACAGAAGCGUUCUAAAUACUGUGUGAAGAUGGCAAGUCUGAUGAAUCAGAGUCUGCUGACCUAUGCAGAAGAAGGAAAUGUUCCUGCUCUGAAAGCACUGCUGGAGAAGUGCAGGGAUGUAGAUGAGAGAAAUGAGAAUGGCCAGACUCCACUCAUGUUGGCUGCUGAACAAGGCAAUUUAGAAAUUGUCCAGGAGCUUCUCAAGAAAGGAGCUAAUUGCAACUUGGAGGAUGCAGAUAACUGGACAGCUCUUAUUUCAGCAGCUAAAGAAGGACACGAAGCUAUCAUAGCAGAACUUCUCAAUUAUGGUGUCAAUUUGGAGCAUAGGGAUUUGGGAGGAUGGACCGCUCUGAUGUGGGCUUCGUACAAAGGCCGUACUGAAGUAGCAAAGCUGCUGCUUGAGAAAGGAGCAAAUCCAAACAUCACUGGCAUGCAAUACAGUGUUUAUCCAAUUAUUUGGGCAGCAGGACGGGGCCACUCAGAUAUAGUACAUCUCUUACUGCAGCAUGGAGCUAAGGUGAACUGCUCUGACAAAUAUGGAACCACCCCAUUAGUUUGGGCAGCUAGGAAAGGCCAUUUGGAUUGUGUGAAAUACUUGCUGCAAAUGGGAGCUGAUGUUGAUCAAGAAGGAGCUAAUUCUAUGACUGCACUUAUUGUAGCAGUUAAGGGUGGCUACACCGACUCAGUGAAAGAAAUACUGAAAAGGAACCCAAAUGUGAACUUAACUGAUAAAGAUGGGAAUACAGCUUUGAUGAUUGCGUCAAAGGAAGGGCAUACUGAAAUUGUGCAGGAUCUUCUUGAUGCUGGAACUUAUGUGAAUAUUCCUGACAGAAGCGGAGACACGGUGCUGAUUGGGGCCGUUAGAGGAGGUCAUGUUGAAAUUGUGAGAGCCCUGCUCCAUAAGUAUGCUGAUAUAGACAUCAGAGGUCAGGAUAAUAAAACUGCUCUAUAUUGGGCAGUUGAGAAAGGAAAUGCUACAAUGGUGAGGGACAUCUUGCAGUGCAACCCUGAUACUGAAACGUAUACAAAGGAUGGAGAAACACCGCUUAUCAAGGCAACCAAGAUGAGAAAUAUUGAAAUAGUAGAGCUGCUUCUGGACAAAGGAGCGAAGGUCUCUGCUGUAGACAAGAAAGGAGACACCCCACUUCAUAUUGCUAUUCGUGGAAGAAGCCGUAAACUUGCUGAAUUGCUUUUGCGAAAUCCAAAAGAUGGUAGAUUGCUUUAUAGACCCAACAAAGCGGGAGAAACACCUUACAACAUUGACUGCAGCCACCAGAAGAGUAUUUUAACACAGAUAUUUGGAGCUAGACACUUGUCUCCCACGGAAUCUGACGGUGACAUGCUGGGUUAUGAUCUGUACAGCAGUGCUUUGGCAGAUAUUCUGAGUGAACCAACCAUGCAGCCACCUAUUUGUGUAGGCUUAUAUGCUCAGUGGGGAAGUGGAAAAUCUUUCCUGCUCAAGAAACUGGAAGAUGAAAUGAAGACUUUUGCAGGACAGCAGAUUGAACCUCUGUUUCAGUUCUCCUGGCUGAUUGUGUUUCUCACGCUUUUGCUCUGUGGAGGUUUGGGUUUAUUGCUUGCUUUCACAGUGGAUGCAAAGCUUGGAAUAGCAGUGUCACUCAGCUUAUUAGCAGUGCUCUACAUUUUCUUUACUGUUAUUUAUUUUGGUGGUCGAAGAGAAGGUGAGAGCUGGAACUGGGCCUGGGUACUGAGUACAAGACUGGCAAGGCACAUUGGAUACUUAGAAUUGCUUCUCAAACUCAUGUUUGUGAACCCACCAGAGUUACCAGAGCAAACCACUAAAGCUUUACCUGUGAGAUUUUUGUUCACAGACUACAAUAGACUGUCCAGUGUAGGUGGAGAAACUUCAUUGGCUGAGAUGAUUGCUACCCUCUCUGAUGCAUGUGAAAGAGAAUUUGGUUUCUUAGCAACAAGGCUAUUUCGAGUUUUCAAGACAGAAGAUACACAAGGUAAAAAGAAAUGGAAGAAAACAUGCUGUCUCCCAUCCUUUGUGAUUUUCCUGUUCAUAUUGUCUUGUGUUGUUUCUGCGGUUGCCCUGCUGGCGAUUUUUAAUGUAGAGCCAACAAACAUGACAGUGAAUGCUAUUCUGAUAUCAGUUACAUGUGUUGUUGGUUUGGCCUUUAUCUUGAAUUGUCGCACGUGGUGGCAAGUGAUGGAUUCAGUUUUGAAUUCUCAAAGAAAACGUCUUCACCAUGCUGCCUCCAAGCUUCACAAGCUGAAAAGUGAGGGAUUCAUGAAGGUUUUGAAAUGUGAAGUGGAGCUGAUGGCCAAAAUGGCAAAAACCAUUGACAGCUUCACUCAGAAUCAGACCAGACUUGUUGUAAUUAUUGAUGGAUUGGAUGCUUGCGAACAGGACAAAGUUUUACAAAUGCUUGAUACUGUGCGAGUUUUGUUUUCAAAAGGCCCAUUUAUUGCUAUUUUUGCAAGUGAUCCACACAUAAUUAUAAAAGCUAUUAACCAGAAUCUCAACAGUGUUCUACGUGACUCAAACAUAAAUGGACAUGAUUACAUGCGAAAUAUAGUCCAUUUGCCUGUUUUUCUGAACAGCCGAGGGCUGAGUAAUGCAAAAAAACUGAUGGUAGCUUCGACAACCAAUGGGGAUGUUCCUUACACAGAUAAUGCAGGAUUGCAUGAAGAGAUCGACAGAAGAGUUUCUCAGAACAGCCUGGGGGAGAUGACCAAGCUUGGCAGCAAAACAGCUCUCAAUAGGCGGGAUACUUACCGAAGACGCCAGAUGCAACGCACCAUUACUCGCCAGAUGUCCUUUGAUUUGACCAAGCUUUUGGUUACAGAGGAUUGGUUCAGUGAUAUCAGUCCUCAGACCAUGAGAAGAUUACUAAAUAUAGUUUCAGUGACAGGUCGCUUACUGAGAGCAAAUCAAAUCACCUUCAACUGGGAUAGGCUUGCUAGUUGGAUCAAUCUCACAGAGCAGUGGCCAUAUAGAACGUCAUGGCUCAUACUGCAUCUUGAAGAGACUGAAGGUGUUCCAGAUCAGCUGACUUUAAAAACCAUCUAUGAGAGAAUUUCAAAGAAUAUUCCUACAACUAAAGAUGUUGAGCCACUGCUUGAAAUUGAUGGAGAUAUACGGAACUUUGAAGUAUUUUUAUCUUCACGAACACCUGUUCUUGUAGCACGUGAUGUAAGAACAUUUUUGCCAUGUACUGUCAACCUAGAUCCCAAACUACGAGAAAUCAUUGCAGAUGUUCGUGCUGCAAGAGAUCAAAUGAAUAUAGGACUUCCUUAUCCCACAUUGCCUUUACAUGAGGCACCUGCCAGAGCAGCGUCUCUGUUCAGCCAGCCUUCAUCAGCCUGCUCUUCUACAGCCUCUUUCAAUGGACCCUUCAACAGUGGAGUUCUAUCACCCCAACCUCACAGCAGUUACUAUAGUGGUAUGACAGGACCUCAGCAUCCAUUCUACAAUCGGCCAUUCUUUGCCCCAUGUCUUUACAUGCCAAGGUAUUACCCUGGCAGUUCUCAUCUCAUCUCACGUCCACUAAAAACGAGUUUGUCCAGAGAUCAGAGCAAUGGCCUAGGAGGAGGAGCAGGUGCAGGACCAACAGGAGUUUCACAUGUCUCCCUGAGCACAAUGAGUGUGGAAGCUGUAUGUGAGAAGCUCAAGCAGAUAGAUGGUCUGGAUCAGAGUAUGCUGCCUCAGUACUCUGCAAUUAUAAGAAAGGCAAAUAUAAAUGGCCGUGUCUUGGCUCAGUGCAACAUUGAUGAACUGAAAAAAGAAAUGAAUAUGAAUUUUGGUGACUGGCACCUGUUCAGGAGCAUGAUACUUGAAAUGAGAAAUUCAGAAAAUCAGGCUGUUCAGGAAGAUCCUCGAGGAGCAGCUGAGCAUGUCACCACUGCGAUUUCUCAUAGUGAACUUGCUCGUCGUCCUGGGCAUAGCACUGAGCUGCCUCACACCGAGCUUACAGGUCUUUCUGGUCAAGCUCCCUACACACUUAACUUCAGCUUUGAAGAACUCAACACAAUUGGUCUUGAUGAAGCUCCUCCACGCCACAGUAACUUAAGUUGGCAGUCACAGACUCGCAGAACGCCAAGCCUUUCAAGUCUUAACUCUCAAGAUUCGAGUAUUGAAAUUUCAAAGCUUACUGACAAGGUACAAGCAGAAUAUAGAGAUGCAUAUAGAGAAUAUAUUGCUCAGAUGUCACAGUUAGAAGGAGGUGCCAGUUCCACUACUGUAAGUGGAAGGUCUUCCCCUCACAGUUCAAGUGCUUUCUAUAUGGGUCAGAGUACAUCGGGGGGGUCCUUGCAUUCCAGUGCAGAGCAAGAGAAAGUAAAAGAUGGUGAGCAAAAACAAGAUGAUGGAAGAAAGUCCUUCCUGCUGAAGAGGAAUGAUGUUAUUGAUUAUAGUACUUCAGGUGUUUCUACUAAUGAUGCAUCUCCUUUGGAUCCUAUUACUGAAGAAGAUGAAAAAUCUGAUCAGUCUGGUUCCAAGCUUUUACUGGGAAAGAAGUCAUCAGAAAGAACAAGUAUUUUCCAGGCUGCAGAUUUAAAGCUUAAGGGAGUUACUCUCCGGUAUCAGAAGCUUCCAAGCGAUGAAGAUGAGUCAGGAACUGAAGAGUCAGAUAACACUCCUCUUCUUAAGGAAGGUAAAGAUAAGAAAACAGAUGGGAAAGUAGACAAACAACCCAAGUCUCCAGAACAUGGAUCUGAACCUAUUAGAACCUUCAUCAAAGCCAAGGAGUACUUGACAGAUGCGCUUUUGGAUAAAAAAGAUUCUUCUGACUCUGGUGUAAGAUCUAAUGAAAGUUCUCCCAAUCAUUCUCUCCAUAAUGAAGGAACAGAUGAUUCACAGCUUGAAAAGGCAAAUCUCAUUGAGCUUGAAGAUGACAGUAAUAGUGGAAAGAGAGGAAUUCCACACAGCCUUAGUGGCCUUCAAGAUCCAGCUGUGGUUCGCAUGUCGAUUUGCUCAGAAGAUAAGAAGAGCCCAUCAGAAAGCAGCCUGAUAGCAAGUAGCCCAGAAGAAAACUGGCCAGCCUGCCAGAAAGUCUAUAAUUUAAAUAGAACCCCUAGUACAGUGACCCUAAAUAAUAACAGUGCUCCAAACAAUCGAGCUAAUCAAAAUUUUGAAGAAAUACAAGGUAUGAGAGAUCCAUCUCAGAUUAUUCUGAACCCUAGUGCAGGUUCCAACUCAACUGCCGUUCAGAAUGAGAACCUGAAAAGUGUUGCUCACAAGCGGAGCCAGCGUUCAAGUUACACGCGGCUUUCAAAGGAUUCAUCAGAGCUCCACACUGUCACUGCCUCAGAUGGGGCUGGUUUUGGAGAAGAGAGAGAGAGUAUCCUUUAAAGAAAUGAGGUUCAAACAGAGAAUGCCCACAUGUUGUAGCUUGCUUGGAAUUUGUUGUCAGUGUGUGGUUACGUUAAGCUGCGUAGUUAAGUUUUCAGUACCAUACUUAAAAAAUUUAGAAAAUUAUUUUCAUUCAUUUUCUUGAAGAAGAAGUAAUCUUUAGGACAAAUUAUUUCAGACCUUCCCUACAAAUUAAACUAAUGCUUGUCAGUAUGGAAAAACAAUUCCUUAAGAUGCUGUGCAAAUGUUUGGUCAGAGGCAUACGUUGCAGAAGUACAUACAAUUUAAUCAUUAAAAUGUGAUUUUAUUUUUCUGUUGGGUUGUGUAACACUUAUCCCUCCAGAACAUUCCAUUUAAAUCUUAUAUACUUAAAAUUAAUAUUAAGACCAUGCAUCUUUGCCGUUUAACAUGAGUUGCCAGAAGAUGGAAUCUCACAGCCUGUGAUAUCUGUAUCAAACUUUACAUUAACUAGUGGGAUAAGGUGUGCAACAUUUGUAUGUCGAAAUUUUGAGUGUUAAAGUACCUCUUUGGCUGUGUGUACACUUUCAUUGGCUAUGUGUUCAGUAAUUGCAGUUGGCUUUGUGAAUUGUGGGUAGGAUGGUGAUAAGGCUUGUAAGGAGCGUUGUCUUGAUGUGUCGUUGGAAUUGGCAGUUAUUUAUAAGAUAAUGCCUUACCGUUGAAUUAGUGAAUCAGUUAUUUAUUAUAGGUACGUAAUUUUAUAGUUACUGGUCUAAGUAGAUGCAAACACCUAAGCUAUGUUAAAAUAUUACAAGGGAUAAAGUGUGAACGUGAUAUCUGAACAUAAGGAGUAUCUGUUGCUGUGCAUGAUAUUUCCUUGGUACAGUGUUUAUCGUUUGGUUCUAGAAAGAAAAAUAAGUAGUGUUUGCCAUUUUUAAAGUAAUAUGUACUUCCUGGAGUUUAGUCACAACUGUGUGGCAGCUUCUUUAUUUCUGAAGUACAGUAUUUGAAAGUUUUGAUGUCAUCCAAGUAUCCGCUUGUUAUUGUAGUAAAUACCUGUACCGGUCCAGUGAAAUCUGCAUGAUUACAAGGGAAGAAUUGUUCAAACUAGACUCUGGUAGUUCAAAGAAAAUAAAAAAAUAAAUUGUCCUCCU